UCAGCUACCCGCUGGUUGCAUGUCUUCUAAAUCUCAACCAGUCCAUGGAAUGGCACCACCAAUCAGCUUCCAACUUGGCAGGGAGGAGGAUGGACACAAAACUAGAAUUAGUUGUCUCUGCCUAUCAUUGGCUUUGAUCUCGUCAAUAUAGGCUGGUCUUCCUGCCUUCUGCCCUGCCAAUGCCAUUGGGCACCAGCCACCUCUGAAACUUCCUAGUUUGGUUGUAUCACAUGUUAAUUCCCCAGAGGAGGUGUUUGAGGGGGAGUCAGUUGUGGUUAAAGUUUCAACCUUGAGUGAUUUCUAAGCAGAAGGGAAGUGAAAGGCUGUAAAUAACUGCUGCACUUGCAAGUUGCUUCAUGUCAGCUGUCUCUUCUGCUUUUCUUUCCUUUCUCAAGCGAAGAGAACUUAAGGCGACAAGACCAUUUGCCUUUUUUUGUUUUCCAUUUCAGGAUUAUGUUUUUCAUGCUGAUUCUUCUUUUCCUAAGGGAAAUUUCAGGCGCAACCUUCGUUAAUAUUUAUGAAAAUGAAAAUCACUGGCUGAGCUGCAGCAACACAUCAGCCGAUCAGAAGGAAUCAAGAUGGUGGUUGGGGAAAGACUGCUCCUCCUUGGUCCAAUUUGAGCCAAUGCCUUGUGAUCCAAGUUCUCAGUGCCCAGCAGGAAAGAACCCCACAAGCAGAUAUAUAAACUGUACACAAAGGAAUGUCUCUAUUGCUGCUUUCCCAGGUGGUGGAAUAUUUGCAUGCAAAGCCCUGUCAGGUAGCAAUGCGUCAGAUCCACACCCACUUAUUAAUAAGGAGGACCACUGCAGGAAUUUCAACUUCUUCAUUGUAGCAAUAAUAAACAACACUGUAGAGAGUAACAUGCAAUCAGAAGUAUUAGUGGUUGUUGAAGGAGAACAGAGCUUCAGUCUUCCUUGUGAAUUUGAUUUGACUGGUGCCAGAGACAUAUUUACUUUGUAUUGGAUUAAGGAAACAUUUGAAAGGAGGUGCCUUGCUUCUGUUUCAAAUGAAGACCACUGGUUUUCUAAUGAUCUAAACUGCUGUGUUGGCACCAAGAUCAAAAAGAGACAGGUCAAAAAUUUGACUGACCCACUUGACAGACAUCAAAGUCAUUACCUGACAAUUUUCAACACCACCACUUCAGACACUGGAGUGUAUUUCUGCCUGGUUGCUGUUUACACCAACAGACACAUGUGGAAGAUUGUAAAUAAUGUGACUGUACAAGUGCGAAAAGGCAACAGUGAAGGGUCUACUUUUACAAAAGAGCUACAGAUCUCACUGGGAGUGGUAGGAGGAAUUGUUCUGAUUAGUGGGAUAAUAUUGUUCCUUUCCUGGAAGAAAAAGUCUAAAGGAAAGGCAUAUGAAUCGCAACAAAGGGAUCAGACCACAACUGAAAUGGAAGAAGAGUGCUCCCCAUAUGCCGUUUCCAGCUGCAAUGACAUAGAUGGCAAUGAAGUUGUGUAUUCACUUGCGAUGAGUCCUGGUGUGAACCCAGAUAGUCUCUAUUCUUUACCAGAGAGCAAAUCCGAUCCUGGAAUGCAACCUGGAGAGAAUGUGCAAGCAAUUUAUGCUGUGCCAAAGAAAGAGAGAUCUUGAGUAGCGCCAUGGAUCGAAUGUUAGCUACAGAUGUGGAAAUUCUUACUUGAUGUCUAUGUCCACACUCUAUAAAGCCAGUGGCCAUGGACGAGUGUCCUUGAUCUCUCAGCUUCAGUAGGAAUAGGCCAUAAACAGUCUUGGCUUCCCCCAGAGAAUUUGGGUUGCUAGGAGAUCCCUGUUUUGGCUCACAGAGAGCUACAGUUUUAGAGUUCCCUGUGAAGAGGAAUUGAUUGUUAAACCACUCUGGGAAUUGUAGCUCCAGAGGCGUAAUAGGGGGAUCUCAUAACAUAGGGUUGCCAUAAAUUGGACACAAAAGGUUUUUGAGCUUUUUCGGGGAAAGUUGUUGAGCUUUGGAAGAUUGCCCACAGAAAGUUGGCAACCCUAUCAUAAGAGCACUCAGUGCCCUUAAUGAACUACAGCUCCCAGAAUUCUUGGGGGUGAAGCCAAGACUGUUUAAAGUGGUAUCA